AUGAUUCCCUUUGCAAUGGAGUUAUUAGCAACAAGUAUGAUCUUGUUAAUGAUCUCAUAUGUUACUUUUUGGUUAACAAAGCUGGUACUUGGAACAGGCAAAACAUGCUAUAUGAUCGAUUAUCAAUGCUACAAGGGAAAGAAGGAGAUGAAGCUGGACACCGAACAGUGUGCGAAGAUUGUUUGGCGCAACAAGAAUCUACGUGUCGAAGAUUACAGGUUCCUUCUAAAAACCAUGGUAAAUUCAGGCAUUGGUGAAGAAACUUAUGGCCCAAAAAGCAUCAUAUUGGGUGAAGAAGAAAAACCAACACUUGUUGCUUCUUUAUCAGAAUUAGAUGAUGUGUUCUAUGAUACGCUUGACAGUAUUUUUUCCAGGUCGAAUAUCUCGCCAUCUGAAGUUGAUAUACUAGUGGUGACUGUAUCCCUAAUCUCACCAGUGCCUUCUUUAGCGUCAAGAAUCAUAAAUCAUUACAAUAUGCGGUCGGAUAUUAAGGCGUUCAAUCUCUCAGGAAUGGGGUGCAGCGCAAGUCUAACUGGUAUCGAUCUGGUCCAACACUUGUUCAAGACUCACAAGAACAAAAUAGCCAUUGUUGUGAGCACAGAAUCCAUGUCGUCUCACUGGUACUGUGGGAGAGAAGGAUCCAUGAUGCUCUCUAACGUUCUUUUUCGGGUCGGAGGUUGUUCAAUGCUUUUGACCAACGACAGAGAUCGCAAAAACAACGCGAUUUUGAAACUGAAGUGUAUGGUUCGAAGCCAUUUUGCCUCGGACGAUGAAGCCUAUAACUGCUGCAUGCAGAUCGAAGAUGAUGAAGGAUACGAAGGCUUUCGUCUCAAAAAAUCCCUCCCAAAAGUUGCUGGUCGGGCUUUGAUGAAGAACCUACAAGUGCUUCUACCAAAAGUGCUUCCACUUUGGGAGAUAAUUCGUUAUACAUGCCUCAAAUCUGGUUCGAAAAUCAACCUUAAAACUGGAAUCGAACACUUCUGCAUACACCCAGGUGGAAGAGCUGUAAUCGAUGAAGUGGGUACAAAUCUAGGGUUAAGCGAUUACGAUCUUGAACCAUCUCGAAUGACGCUGCAUCGUUUUGGAAACACGUCGUCUGGUGGGCUCUGGUAUGUUCUUGGAUACAUGGAAGCAAAGAAAAGGCUGAAGAAGGGUGAUAGAAUCUUAAUGAUCAGUUUGGGUGCAGGUUUCAAAUCCAACAGCUGUGUUUGGGAGGUCACAAGAGACUUAGAUCGAACUAAUGUCUGGAAAGAUAUGAUCGAAAAGUACCCUGUAAAGCAGGCUACAAACCCUUAUCUGGAGAAGUACGCAUGGAUCAAUGAUGAAGAUAUGGAUUUUGUCACACGUGAAGAUGCAGACAAGAUACUUGGUUUUGCAUAA